CAAGGAUUGAAAGUACCAAAAGUGUACUAUAUAUUUGAAAAUACAUUUCACAACGAAUUCAAACUGAUUAUGGAAGAUAUUUCGUAUUGUGAUAAUGGAGAAAAUUGUGGUUUCUCCUUGGAAAAGUCAAAGAUGUGUUUGAAACAAUUAGCUCUGUUCCACAUUGCAAAUUGGGAGAAUCCGAUCACGAGAAAAGGCGGAAAAUUUUGGAAUAUUGGUGGCUAUUGGACCGGUAGUAAAAGAGAAGUAUGUAUAUGUCAGACGAAAGCUUCCUAUAUGACUUAAUGCAGUUACAAAAUCGGAGUUUUAAUUACCUACGAUUUUAUAAAAGACUCGACUGAUUAUUCAUCGGACAUUUUAGCGUAGGUUUAACAGAAAUGAGUCUACACUAGACGCAUUAACUAUUUAGUUUACCCAUAAAUAAGUUUCUCACUUUCUCUUUCCGAAAACAACUCACAAUGAAAAUUUCUAUUAAAAAGGACAAUACUUUUCCAUAUGCGUCUUUUUUUUCAACACAAAUUAACAGUUCUUCAGACUUCUAUAUUAGUUUGUGAACAAAAUUACAAGUACCGCCUAUCGGACUCUGAUUCAUUGUCCCUAGACUGAAAGAUAUUAAAAAUUACUGUCAAUCACGUUAAGUCUCCCUCUUCUUCAUAAAAGUUGUUCCACUUAGAAUGAUCUAUUUUGGGUUGAAAUUUGUAGGAAUAAGUGUCCUAGUGAGAAACGCUUCUGGUAAAAAUUGCAGCUUGAUACGUCAAACUUGAGGAAAAUUCGGGCUUAUUUUAUGGUCCAUGUUAUGGUCCUCAGGAGAAUCAUUAUAACUUCGCUAUUGCAAGAGGUGCAGAGCUCAUGACGGUUUUAAAUUAACGUCAACAUCUGUGCGCAGUUUUCCAUCGUACAAAAUUCUGAAAUUUGUUUACACUCUUUUGUUAUGAUCACUUUAGUACAAACAAUUAUAGAUAAGAAAAAACAUGUAGCACUUCACUUCAUUAAAUCUUGUUCUUCUUAACAGGGAAAUUAACUAUAACAAAUCUGGUCAGACAAAAGUUUAUUGUCAGUUAGAUCUUUAAAACGAAAAAAUAUCGUUUAUAGCUUGAACUUGAUGCGAGUUAGCUCAUUUUUUUUAUUGAAAAUUAUGCUCCGAGAAAUAUAGUACAUAAGUUAGACGUGGAUUUUUUCAUGCAAAUUCAGGAAAUAUUCUUAUAUUCGCUGUAUAUUUAAGUAAAAUUUUUGAAAAUACACAACAGAUGGCGUAAGCUAUCACCAAGGGUUGUACUUAAUUUAUAUACAAACGUUUAUUUAUCGUUGAUACAAGUGAAGAAACAAUCUUCCGAAAAAUAAAAAAAAUAGAAAAAUCUUUCGAAAGCUAUGAUAAUGGUAUGAAAAUCGCCUACGAAAAGCUAUUAAAAUUCGGUCUUUUUGUUUUCAAAAGCCAUAUAUAUUUUGAGAGAGGAAACUUCAUUGUAUUUUUCCAUGAUAAAAAUUCAACUUCAACCAGUGUUGGCAAAUAUGAAUUUUCUUAGGGGAUCCUAAAGGUAUACCAAAAGUAUUGAUGGAACUAUUUUAAUUCCUCGAAAAAGUUUAAAGAUCUUUCUCUAUAUGAAAUGAUCCUAAAAAUGACUUUCUAAAGUUCUGUGUUAUGGCAAUAUUCUUCAAAUAAUGUCAAAAUAAUAAAGUUUCUAGAAAAGCUUGUUUUUUCUAUGAUAACGUGACGGUUAUACUAAUGCCUAAUAAUUAAAAAAGGACACUGAGUAGAUAUGUUUUGGACAAAUUUUCCUAGAAAUAAGAUAGAGAGAAGCGAUUUUCAUUGUUUGAAAGAGGAAAUGAAAAAUGCAUUGAAUCGUAUGCUACAUGUUUCUUUUUGUGGUAUAAUUCUGUUAAGAUUUUCAAUUGAUCUCUCCAAAAAUAAACCUAUUCGUGGCAUGUUCAUAGUGAUUUUGCAGUUGUCAGGUAUAUAUUCAAAUUUUCAAUAGAAGAUUAGAAUUAAUAAAUUAGGAGUCAUAAAUAUAUUGUAGUUGAAGCUCAAAAUGAUUUUUCUUCUAAUUUAUGUGGAAUUGUUUUUAUGGUAUUUCGGUUUUGAUUAAAAGAUAACUUUUUUUCAUUUAAAAUGAAAUCGUUUGUAUUAUCAACUAAUAAAAUUGGUCAUAUUCAGGUCAAAUUAAAUGUCUCAUUACCCAACAAAAAACUUCGAAAUAUGAACUUCUGAUGGAGUUCACUAACAGAGAUAUAACAUUUUUAAAUUAUUUACAAUAUAUGUAAGGUGCUAUGAUUCACAAUUCUAGUAUAAUGUGUUUUCUAUGUUUCUCAUCAUGACUGGAUAGAGCUCGUCAAGUUGAAAAAGAAAAUUUAGUGUUUCAAACUUGAAAAAACAGUUUUAUAUAUAUUAGAAAUUUGAAUCUAUUUUUCUCUAUAUUUGAAAACAAGGGGGUCUAGAACUUUUUUCAAAUUCGCAUUUUUCCUUGUAAAAUAAAUUUUCUUGUGCAACCCGGCAAAUUCUAUCCAAAACAUGACUAAAAAGAGAAAACAAACUCAUCUUAAACUAUGAAUUUUCCAGAUCUAACACACAUUGCAAAUACCUUAAAAUUUCAAUAUUUCAAUUCAUGAAUGUUAACAGAAGCUCAUAUUUUGAAGUGUUUUGUUUAUCGAUAAGACAUUUAUUUUGGUCUACUUAUGUCUAAUUUUAUUUUCGGACACGAUAUCAAUGUUCAUCGUUAGAAAAUUCAUAAAAAAAACUUCCGGUCCCAUCUUGACCCCCUCCCCCGUUAUUUGCAUCCUUGCGCAAGGUUUUCAGCAUUUUUUGAGCCGACUGCUAUGCUAACAAGUGCAAGUACACAAAUUCAGAAAUCUUUAUUUCAUUCACAUAAAGUCGAUAUCAUUAUGAUGCAUUUUCGAAUGAAUCACCCUUGUGACAAAGCCUUAAAUACUUAUAUUUCAUGAUAGAAGAUACUUAAAUGAGUAAAAUUGUUCAAAUCAACUAGUCUUAUCGAGCAGUUCAUUUAUGUGAAGUUUGACGUCGAAGCUCGAAAUUCGAUUUUCUAAGUCGUUUGAGGAAAAGGGCAUAGUUUUUUUUUAUUGAGAAUCCCACUAAAAAUUCAAGUUCUCUCCGGAAAUAGACUAUGGACACUUUUCCAUUUAGGACAAGUCAUUCCUUGUGAGGUCUUACUCAAUAUACAUAUUCCCAUAUUAACCUCCACGUUACACUGAAGACGUUUUCUCUUGAACCAAAUCGUUGAGUUCUAUUUAUAUUAACUACUCACAGCUUGAAAAGAAGUUCUAAUAUGUUCUCAGGUCAACAUACUCAGUUCAUGGUAACUUAUCUACCCUUGCUAGUACCCUGGUAUCUGGAUACUUAAGCGUUUAAAAGUUCAAAAUGUAACCAAACGCUCAGAAAAUGAUUCUGUUAUUUCGUUUCUGAAAAAAGAUUCCCCAAAGACCUACGGAUACCUGCUUGGAGUGCUCAAGGACUGAAACGAUUUUCAGCAAUUGCGCUAGGUUGGUGAUUAAAUUACUAUCCUCAUCGUUAACAUAAAUCUGAAAAAAUACUUGCUGCUUUGAGUGAAAUUAGACAAAAACUGUAUCCAUAGUCAUAUCAUUAACUCUAAUUUUCACAGAGACUGGUAUUUAUUUGACGAGUGACUCAAGAUUGAAAGAUUUACGUUUUUACAGUGUUUGUUUUUUCACAAUCUAUAAUUGAUCUACACGGAUAGCAGCACAACGACCGAAUUUGAUUUACAGCGCUAUAUCGAAAUCAAGAGUUCUACCGUAUCAAUUUGCGUUCAGCUCUAAGAUAAAUAUCUGAAAUGUAAUUUCAUAUAGCAAAGCAAGAAUUUAGCUAUUGUAAUAUGGUUAUCGAUUUCACUCAUAAGCAAUGUUUGAGAGAGUGAUAUUUUUUUACUUGAAUGUGAUAUAGAGAACGGUCAUCUUGCAAGGUAAAUUCGAUCGAAAUAUAGAAUUUUGCAUGCUUUUUAAUGUACGAAAAAGUUCGAUUACUUCAAGAGAUAUCUUUUAAUACUAUUUUAAAAUUUGUAUCUACGUUCGAUUAUAUGAUCAGUUCAACAGAUAUAUUAUUCAUAUGAAUGAAAGAAAACUAUGAAUCAUCACUUUUCAAGCUUGUCAACACUUCGAGUUCUUCGUUUGGAAUAUAAUUAAGUCUUCCAUAUUUUAUACGAAUAAAAAUAGUAUUAAAAUUUUAAGGAUUAGCAUGUGGCACUAGAUUUUUCAUGUUAUCUCCAUAAAAUGACGUUUCUCUUUUUAUCUUGUUGAAGGCAAAUAAAAAGGACAUAGGAAAAGCUUGGGAUUCUGUUAUUCAAAACUUUCAUGACGAACUUCAAAUACCAGAUUCAUCCAGAGAUUUUGGUUCAAUAUUAGAAUUGAAAUUAGAUGAUAUUGCACGUUAUUUCAAUAGUUUGGAGUCUCACACACUUAUUCAUGGUGAUUUCAAAGUAACAAAUAUUUUUAUUGACAACAAUCAAAUCGAAGGUCAAGUAUAUGCAAUCGAUUGGCAAUGGUUUGGUGUUGGAAACAUAGCUAUUGAUGUUGCAUAUUUCAUAGCAACUUCAAUCCAUGAAAAUGUAAUCGAAAACUCGAUAGAACUUGUUAAUUACUAUUAUGAAAUUCUAUCAGAAAAUGGAGUUUCAUAUGAAUGGGAACGAUUUUGGAAAGCAUACCAAAUAUGUUGGAUUGACUUUUUUAUUUAUACUGUUACUGGAAAAUGGAGUCUAAUGCGACCAAAUGAUGUUGAACUGUAUAAACAAGAACAAAAAGAUGGAUUGCAUCUACGUUCUUAUCCUCAUAUGAAACAUUUAUUAAAAGAAACUGAAAAAUUUAUCAAAGCUUUGGACACUUCAACUGUGUCUCAAGUCAACGAGAAUCUUUAA